UUCCCCUCCAUUCAAAGUGUUUGUUGUUUUCUAUAGCUAGCUAGAACAUCGGCGGGGGUGGAAGAGGAAAAGCUUCAUUUCCCCCCUUUUAAGGUGGUAAAAUGUUUAACAGAGGCCCUUUCACGCAAACUCCCUCAAUUAAUUUGUGGCCGAUUUUGGAUCUGUUCAACCUUUGAAUUUUGUUAGUUUGCACUAGAAAACUGGCGCUAAAAAUUCAUUGGUAGAGUUUGACGUUAGCUGCCAUGUCCGAAGGUGAAAUUAUGAAAGUUGAACCAGGCUGGUCUUAAAAAGCACACACACUUUCGUCGCUCAUUUUUGUCGGCAUCAGUGUCUUGUUAAUUAUGUCUACAAAAAUGUCUACAAGUCUUCCAUGUUAAAAGCACGAACAGCAGUGUUUUACCAGGGUUAAAAAUUCGAAUGCAAAGGGUGACAAUUUUCUGUGAGUGUUUUGAACAGAUUUAGAAACAUCAACGGAAUGUUUCGAUGUCAUCCUUUUUUAAGACGUGUUAGUUGUAAAUUGUCAAACAAAAACAGCCAAAAUAGCAAGGGUUGAAAAGCAUAGCUGCGCAAAUUUCAUUUUGUGCAGCUGUGCAGUUUUUUAAAGCGAUAAUAAAAUUACUAUUUCCAACGGUCAAAAAAGGCGUCUUUACGAAUCCACAUAUUUUUGAAACCUCAUAAUUCGUUUUUUAAACAAUGUUACAUUUGGCAAUGGAAAAGCAAUUUGGGUGUUUCUUGGUGUUGCGGAAACUAUUUUUUACGCUUUUGAUUUUUGCUGUGACAGUUGUUGUCUUUUCAAUAUUUGCAUUGCGUCAUUGGCGAUAAUGCACCCGUCCGCAAACCUAAAAGACUACCCAUAAUUUUUCUAUUAAGCAGGUCCUGUGGCUGGCACCUGCAAAGGGCCUAUUAUGGGUUCAAUUUUAUUCUUUACUUUAUAGCUGCCCUCGGAUCAUAACGUCUCACGUCUACCCAUACCAGUGGGAGUCAAACUGCAGGGGGAUACGGAAUGGUUAUUUCAUAGUUCGUCAGUCUUGCUACAGAGGUAACAAGUAUAACGGUUUUAGCAACCAUUUGAAAUGUUUUGAAAAUCAGUUGAAUAGGAAAUGAACCAAUUCAUGCCAGGAGGGCUCCUAAUUUCCUUAUUUGAAAGGGUAAUCUAGAAACAUCAUCUCGUAUUGAUGCUAGGAACUUCGAUCAAAGAUAUUUUCGUAGGGGUGCAUUACACGUUGCUUAAUAAACGACUUAGGCUAAGAAAACAACAAUUAAGACAUGAGACGUCAGUGGGUUAUUUCCAAAUAACUAUGCUUCCAGUCUCUUUUCACAGCUUUGUCUCUAGUCCUUUUUAUCAACCUUCAAUCGCAUUUGGCCUUGCAUUGCUUGAUACAGACUUAGAAGAAGGCUAUUCUAUUACUUCGGAUAGGAUGGUGUAAUAAUUUUCAACUUGAACUGGCGUCAUUUGCAAGUAAUUUUUGAUCAUGCACUAUCGGACAUUUUCUUUUCUCCCAGUUAAAUACUGCACGAUGCAAAGUUUGAGUCUAAGCCCUUUUGUGUUUUUCUUCGAAUAUCCCAUAAAUAGUACACUCUGUUUUAUUAUAGGGCAAUAUUUCGGCUAACAAUAUUAGCCUUCCUCAGGGCCAGAGCUAUACCGAGAGAAAAUGUCUUUUAAGGGCUCUUAAAAUUUGAAUUUAAAAUUUACAUAAGUGGUUAAUAAUCAAGUACAAUUACAAAUACUAGAUAGAAUAAUAUACAGGUAAAUGAUUAUGCAAUAAAAAUAGAAAUAGAAACAGUUCAAUGUUCAUUCCUUCGGUUAUAUUGGCCUACAAUAAAUCAGCCCUUUGCUGUAGUGCCAGCCCUGAAUUCAGUUUUGUUUUAUUUUACAUUUUAAGUGAUGUCUGGCUAUAGCAUCUCUUUAAUUAGACAUCCGGCAAGAGGAACCAGUCAGUUAUAUUUACGUGUUGUGUGGACCUCUGCAUUCAAACACUUUUUCCUUUUUUACACUCUAUUUGUCCCCUUUCGCAUAAUUCCAAAUGCUCUUGGGAACAAAAUGCGGUCCUCACAGGGCCAUUUCAUCAAAAUGGUUUAAUGCAAAAUUUUAGGGGCAAACAUAGUGCAUUGUGAGGAACUGGAAAACAGACAAUUAGCAUUUUUAUUGAAUCUUUCUAAAGAGCGUUUUCACUCUCGUGACCAGCAUAUAUGCAAAUGUAUUGGACCAAAAGAAAGCGUUUACAUAAGAAAAGAAUUCAACCCUCUCAGGAUUGGUUUGGGACACCAACAUGGCCGCCGUUUUAUUGUUUUGGAACACCAAUAUGGCCGCCGUGACGUCAUGUGAAAACGCUUUAUAAUUACUAAAAAGUUUUUUCAAUUAAAAUUUGUCGCCAUUUUGUUUCUGAAAGUGUUCAUUAAGAGGGGAUUACCUAAAGACCUGUAUAACAGAGGUCAUUAAAAACUGAAUCAUUGGAUAAUGCAAUUCUAGAGCUCUACUCAAAAUUAAAAACGAGCUGAAAAUCGAUUGUUUUUACGAAUAAAGUCGGGAAGAAUUCUCGAUAUUUUGUGGCUAUUUUAAUAAAAAAAUUAUUCCACUCGCUCCUGUUGGAUAAUUGAGAUGAUUGUAUCCAACUUGGCGCUACGCGCCUGUUUGGCUUAAUCUACCAUCUCAUAUCCAACGCGCACUCUUGGAAUAAUAUCCGCUUUACCAUUUCCUCUCUCAUAUCGAGGGCAUUUUUAUCUUCUUCCUUUUCUACUUAUAUGAUUGUUUUUCCACUCAGUUUUUGACAUGCAUGACAAUGGUGAAUGUGGAGAAACUUGGUCUUCAUCGAGUUACAGUAAGUUUGUUAAUUCUUCCUCUUGUUAAAAAAAUAACAGCUAUUCAUAGGCAAAGGUAACUACAGUGAAACCCGCUCUAUUAAGCGGACCCCCAAUUAAGCGGACUCCAAGCCGUGUCCCGAAAUUAACGUCUUACAUUUCCCUCUAUAACGAACCCCUAUUCAGCGGACACCUCUAUUAAGCGGACGCGGAGACUAAAAUAAAUUGUAUUUUGCUAAUUUCUAUUGUUAAAAACCUCUAUUAAGCGGACAUUGGACUGAAUUGACAAUGGUAGUAUUGGAUUAUGUCCUUGAAAUACGUAUUGUAGUCGAUUAUUAAAGAUAAAUCAAUACAUUUAGCUGUCAAAAAAACCCUCUAAAUUAGACCGAUAUCCGGCCGUAUGAUUGUCAUCCAUGAUCAAGGUUCACCUUAAAGUCUUGCAAAGAGUACAGCACAGCUUCCUAAGCUUCCUUAACAACAUGGGACUUUAACACAAAGUAACCGUAGAAUGUUAAUGGUUAACGAACAUUGGGCAAUUUUUACAACCUCUAUUAAGCGGACACCCUCUAUUAAGCAAACACUUGGGUAGGUCCCGAAGGUGUCCGCUUAAUAGAGGUUUUACUGUAGCCUAUUAAUAGGCAAGCUCCGUAUUCCCGGGCGGCCUAGGGCGAGUGCUUGUUUUCGCGCGAAAGCGAGGCUUUUGCGGGUCACUUCUUGGCAAGAAGACAAACAAACGUGAGAAAACUGCUGCUUAGUUACCAAAAAAUGGCGAAAAUCUUAAAGGUUUUAUGUUUCGGUGGGUUCCAAACUUACUUAUAGGCUUAAGAAAUCAUUGUUACGAACAGCAAAAGGAAGAUCAGCUCUUCUUCAGUGAUCGCUAUAACUUCUUUAAGUAAGCCUUUCAUUGAAAUGUGGCAGUAGAGCUGCACCAUUCUAACCCUCUUAUUUCACUGGUCCCCUUUAGCCUGCACCUCCAUUGUUUUCAGGGAUAGGGGCAUUGUUCUGUGACAAUCCCUAUUGUCCCUUUAUGGACGAAAAAAUCAUGUGCCUUUGAAAUAAACCGAACAAGCACGUUCGUUGGAAAAAAUUCUAUCACGACGGGGCUGAAGUUCUGCGUACAUUCCUGGCACUGUAAGGAAGUUAAAUCGAAGUGAAAAAAGGUGAUUUGAAAGGUGUAAGUUUACUUAUUCAUUUAGCUUACAUCGUUUAUAAAAACAUUCAUUCACGUGUAGAAAAAUGAUCCACGUAUAUAUGCACAUUUCACUCGAUUAGAAGUUGAAUACAUAGAGGAUAUUACAUGGCCGCGCGGAGAUACGAAAUUUCUCUUCGAGUGUUGAAAAGAUAUUUCACUAGUGAGCGCAGCGAACGAGUGAAAUAUUUUUCAAUACGAGAAGAGAAAUUUCGUAUCUCCAAGCGGCCAUGUAAUAUUCUAUUUUUAAGAUUUAUUAUGUACAUGAGAUGAUAAUACUAAUCCAUUUUACGUAUAUAUGCACGAGUAAAACAGAAUAAUAAGAAGGUUGAAAAUAAAAGGGGUUCGAAUAUUGACAUUUAAACAUAAACUUAAUUUACCAUUUUGAAGCUGAAGUUUACUUCUUCUUUUUGCUUCAGUAGUAGCUUGUUUCAUGUUUCUGUUAGUUCGACCAGCUCUUUCCACAGAUUUGCUGUUUGAAACAGAUAUCGCUUUAGCUUACUGGUACAGUUUGGGCUUUGAAAUCGUAUUAUUUCCAUGACUUGUAUCGUUUUCCAGCGACUCAGCCGCAAUUUGCCUACGUUGGUUUUUGUUUUUGCCAAGAAGUUGACUCGCAUUAGCCUCGCAAUCAUGCUCGUUCCAGGUCCGUCGGGGAAUACGAAACUUGCCUAUUUAGGACACAGACACGUAUGGAAAACGAUCGACUCAUUAUAAUCGAAAUUAAGAACGAGAGUAUUUUUCGCGAAGGCUUGAAAAAGAAGUUGGUUACAGCUGAUUUUUCUCUUCCCCUCUCUUGUUCAGUGUCAUUUGGGUACUAAUGCCAAAUUGUGUUGAAACAAAACAUUUUGCUGUUUUUCAUACUGUCCUUUUGGUUGCUAACAGUAGACAAAACUGGCAUUUUACCCGAAUGUGAUUAGAAUGGACGCCUUAAAACCAUAACAAACGUUCGGUUUCCUGAAUUUUGCCCUUAAAACUUUUUUUCCGGUGACACACAUCUCACGGCUUUUUGGUACAAGUAUUCAGUAGCUCAAAGAAUAUAGUUAAAUGUUCAAUGAAAGUUAAAUGAUAGUUAUUUGAAAAAACAACGAUGAUGGCGAGCACAACAAAACUAAAUAAUAAACGGUAUUACAAUUAUUGCGUUCUAUCUUUCAGAGUCAAAGCGAGUGCUCUACGGAUACCCUUGUCAUAGUCUUGGAAUAUACCGGAACAAGGCAGGACUCUUAUUUGUUAAAUAA